GGUUCAUUAAAUAAGAAUUUGAAAAACUAUAAAUAAGUUGAAUUUUCUAUACUUACUUAUACUGUAAUAUUAUAAAAUGGAACUUGUAAAAUUAAAUGAUGAAAAUUCUUUUGAUCCAACACCAAAAUUAAAAUCUAGUCCUGUACCGAUUUUUUUUAUUUCUUUUAAUGAGUAUGAUAAUAAUUGUAUUCAUUGUGGAGAAGAAUACACAAAGACGAUUUUUAGUGACCAAAAAUAUUGCAAAAAAUGUUUAUCGAGUUAUUUAACUAAUAUAACCGAUAAUAAUAUAUACUUGGACGUAUAUUUAUUCACAAAGGACUUGGAAUGUAUUGAACACAGAAUAAAUAAAAUCAAAAUACCACAAAAUUUCCAAGAAUGCUGUAGAAAUUGCUUGAUAGUAUUAUAUUUUAAACAAAUAUCUAUUAAAUAUGUUGAUGGGUUUAAUAUAGUAGAUUCUUACAAUUUAUACGAAUACGUGAUUGAAAGUGAAAAAUAUUGUAAACUAUGUGAAAAAUUAUUAUAUCAAGGAACAGAAGGAACAGGUUAUUUUAACAAAUUUAAAUUAUGUUCAACUUGUUAUAUAAUCUCUUCUGGAUGUAUAGAAUCAACCUUAACUAAAAAAGUCAUUUCAAUUAUUUAUUUGCCGUGGUGGGAAAAUAAAUCUUAUUGUUAUUGUGAAGAAACAUUAGUAUUUACGUCAAACUGUCAAAAAUAUUGUGAGAAUUGUUUUAUAUUUUUUAUUGGAUGUAGAUAUUGUUUAACAACAAAUAUUAUUUUUGGAAUUACAAAUCAAUCACAAUGUAAAAAAUGUAAAAGAGUAUCAAUUAUUAUACUAGACAACAAAAAGAUUAUUAGUAUUAACAGCGGGAAUAAUGUUUUAGAUGAUUUUCUUAUUAGUAUAAGACAUGAUCAAUUGAAAAUAGCUAAAUUCGCCAACGAUUUAAAAAAUAUUGAUAAAUAUUUCGUUCCAUCCAAAAUUUGUGAUGAUUCUUUAUGCGGUAAAGUUUUGUCAAAAAAAUUAAUGAAAUAUAUACCAUAUUCUCAAUUUACAAAUGUAAAAAAAAUAGCAGAAGGAGGAUUUAGCAUCAUAUAUCGAGCAACUUGGUUAGAUGAUAGCAAAAAAAAUAAAAUUGUCAUUUUAAAAAGAUUUAAAAAUCUUCAAUAUGCUAAAAAAUAUUUUUUGAAAGAGUUGGAGUCGAAUCAUCGCUGUUAUAAAUUUGGUUCAUAUGUUAAUGAAACUUUUGGUUUUACAAAAGGUCCCAAAUUGGAUGAUUAUAUAUUAGUUAUGCAAUAUGCAUCGGAAGGAGAUUUACAUAAAUAUUUACAAAAGAAAUUUACAGAAAUUAAUUGGGAACGAAAGAUAUCAUUUUUAUAUGAUAUUUUAUUAGGACUUAAGAAUCUCCAUGAUUCAAAUUUCAUACAUCGAGAUUUCCAUAGUGGAAAUAUAUUGGUAAAUAUUUUAAAUAGCUAUUAUGAUACUACUAGUAUUUCUUAUAGAAUAGGAGAUCUAGGAUUAUCACGAUCAGCAAAUGAUACCUCAUCAGAUGAUGAAAUAUAUGGAGUAAUACCUUAUAUUGCACCAGAAAUAUUUAAAGGUUCAGCAUUUUCUAAAGAAUCCGAUAUUUAUAGUUUGGGUAUGAUUAUGUGGGAACUUACAACAGGUUGUAAGCCUUUUGCUAAUGUUGAACAUGAUCAUUGUCUUAUUUUUAAUAUUAUUGAUGGUGUACGACCUGAAAUUACAGAAGAUACACCAGAAUGUUUUGCUAAUUUAAUGAAAAGUUGUUGGGAUUCUGAUCCAAAAAAAAGACCUUCUAUAGGUGACAUUGAGAGUAUUUGUUAUAAUUGGCUUUAUCAAUAUACCAAUAAUCAAUUUUAUCAAGCUGAAUUAAAAAGGAAAAUUUUAAUAGAUUCGAAGAAGCUUGGUUCCAAGUUUAGUGAAAAGCCCCAUCCAAAAGCUAUUUAUACAAGUAGAUCAUUAAAUUCUUACAUUUCUAAAUGUUCAUCUAUCAAUUUUUCAUCAAAUGGUAUGUAUACUAUUUUGAUAAAAGUCAUCUUUGGAUAG